AUGGCCCAACCUCCAUUCUUCCACGUCGACCACGCCAGCAGGGACAUCGAGGCCCUGACCAUCACCGUGCGCGGACCCGUCCAAGACAACGACGGGGCGUCGUGCAUCAAGUCCGGUUGGUUGAGUUUUCCGGAGCCGCGGCCAGAGGAAGAUCAGUACAAGAUAGAGAAUGACUCGGGGUCUGAGUUUGGGUCCGAGUCUGAGGCUGAGACUGAGACGGCGGAGAAGAAGGCUAACCAGAGAAACAUGAGCGAGGACACCAGCGGACAGGGGAGUAUCGCCAUGUCAGCUACCGCCGCGGCUGACAAGGAGACCUUUCCCGUGCUACUGAGUCCUGGUGAAGGGGUCAUCAUCCACUACGACCUCUGGGCAGCACAGCAGCACCUGUCGGCGGCCAUCUACCCGUGGACGAACCGCGAGACGGGAAAAUCCAAGGUGACGAUGCCGCGGGCGCAGAAUGCCGCCUAUGAACUCGACAUUGUCGGCGGCACCUACUUUCCCUUUGUGCUCAAGGAGUGGCACAGCUGGGGCUUCCUCAAGCUCAAUGUGAAGUCCCUGGUCACGACGUCGGAGCUGCCGUUCAUCCAGCCCGACUACAGCCACGGCCACCAUCAAAGAACGCGGCCGUUGAUGUGGAUCGGCGUUGGCACCGAGACGACUCCGCCUGCCACGACGGGAACGACGACGAUGACGACCGCUGCAAACAAACCCAACAGUCUCAGCCUGGUCCAGCUCGCGUACCGUGUGGGCGGGAUGCACCAGGAGUCCAAACCGGCAUAUUGGGUCCACAAGGACGACGGUGGCGUCGAGAUGAUCUGA